ACAUCUAUCCUUCAUUUUUGUAUCGUUUGUCGUUUUACAUUUUUUAAGCGUCCAUGUUGAAUAUUUUCCGUAAAACGAAAAUUUCUUUCAAAAAGUGUGUCUUCAAUUUUACUAAAAAAGUGCAUCCUAAUUAGAAAUUAAUUAUAAUAAAAUUAAUCGCAAGUAUUCGUUUAUUAUUUUGCGAAAUAAUUCAAUUCCUUCAAAUUGUUGCAAGUGUGUUUAAAAUCAGUUUGAAAAUCUUGCCAUUGUCAGCGCAUUACAGCAGAAUAUAUUAUAAAAAAUAUAUAAAAACUUGACCAAUUUAUGAAAUAAAAUUGAAAAAUAAAAAAGUAGUUGGGGGUAUUGUUUUUUGAGCAAAAAUGAGUGUCGUCGCCGCCUCAGCCACCGCUGCUAAGAUUCUUGAUGAACAGAAGACAAUUUUAAAGACUUGCGGCUCCGCUGCUGCUGCAGCUGGUGCCGAUCAUAAUAAUAGCAUAUCGGACAAUAAUGACGAAAAUCAUGUUUUACAUAAACUUAACACAGCGCCAUCGUCAACGACAUCUGCAACUACUAUUGGUUCUAACGAAGGAGGUAGUGUUGUUCUACACCCUCCAGCUUCGCAAAUCAUCAGCAACAACAAUUUUUCAUCAACCUCGACACUUCUAGCCACGACCUCUGCUGCCACAGAAACAAUUUACACAGCCCAGCAUCGACGAUUGUUGGAAGAAAUACACAGUCUAAAAAUUGAACAAAGUCGGGUUCAACAGCAGUUUAUCGAUGCUCAACGCCGGGAAAAAAUACUUAUGCGUAGACUUGCCAACAAAGAACAGGAAUUCCAAGACUAUGUCAGUCAAAUCGCGGAAUACAAAGCUGCUCAAGCUCCGGGCCCCGCAGCCUUACGAACUGCCCUCCUUGACCCUGCUGUCAAUUUACUCUUUGAAAAACUUAAGAAAGAGUUACAGGCAACCAAAGCGAAACUCGAAGAUACUCAGCAAGAAUUAUCAGCUUGGAAAUUCACACCGGAUUCAAAUACAGGAAAACGGUUAAUGGCAAAGUGCCGACUACUGUAUCAGGAAAAUGAAGAACUUGGAAAAAUGACGUCAAAUGGACGCUUAGCAAAGCUUGAAACCGAACUGGCCAUGCAGAAAAGCUUUGCAGAAGAAGUUAAAAAAUCUCAAUCAGAACUCGAUGACUUCCUUCAAGAACUUGACGAAGAUGUCGAAGGAAUGCAAAGUACAAUUUUAUUUUUGCAGCAAGAAUUAAAAACCACCCGAGAUCGCAUUCAAUUUUUAGAAAAAGAAAACUAUCAACUCAAAAAUGGAAUAACCGACGAGACUACCGAUAUCACAGUUGCAUCAUCACCAUCCGCCCAACAGCAACACCUUUCUAUGAACGGUGCCGCAAUCAAAGGAUCCAUAUCCCUGAAAUCAUCAACUAAUUAUUCUCCACCUUCCAUUACCAGUUCUACAAAUACUAAAUUUGUUCCCAGUGCUAAUUUUAAUAUUCUCAGUGGCAGCAACCUUGAGACGAUCGAAGAAAACUCGUGUUUGAGGACGCAAAAUCCCAACUUCAACAGUAACAGUGGUAAUAAAACGUUGGGUAGUGCAAGUAGUAGUGAGUUUUUCAACGGAGCCAGUUCAAAUGACGCUAACGGUAACUACUCUGAGCUAACACAACCCGUGUCCGCGAACAGCGACGAUCUGAUUAUUGACGCUAGCAGUAAUAGUAACAGUGCUGUGGGUGGUAUAACUGUAAAAACAAGACUUAACUCGCGAAAACGUAACUUUGAUAGUGAUUCAAGUGAAUGCGGCAGCACAAAUGGCACAAUAACGCGAAAUGCUGUUGUUAAAAAAUCUAAAAAGAAGACUCGUCGCUCUUCUUCGGUUUUGUCGAUUGAUUUGAAUGAAGACGAUUCUCACAUUGGAGGGGAUUCGGUUGAUCGAAGUGAUGACGAAAAUAGCAAUAGCCAGCCAACCCGAGUAAUGACCAGACGAAAGUCUGCUCGAAAUCAUCAUAAUGGCGGCGAGUCAAAUAUAUAAACAAAAAAUUAAUGAUACAGCAAUAGGGAUAUUUUUAUUUUAAAUAUUUGCCUCUUACUGAAGGUAAAUACUUAUUUAGGGGCCGGUUAAAACAAUCAAAAAAUGCAUCAGAUAAAAAGAAACAGUUGAAAUUGAAUAUUUUUUCCAGAUGAUCAUUUAUAGCCACACAAUCAACCUUCCUCUUCUUUUUCCUGUUGAAAUUACAAUUUUUUCAUUUUGUUCGAAAUAUUAAUCAGCUGGACCAAAAAAUAAAUUUGCAUCAGGAAAACAAAUAAAUACAAUUUUAGCAAAAAAUUAUAGCUCCAUUGUAAAUUAUAUAUUAUGAUUCAUUUUUCUGGUCGUUAUAACCGGUAUCUUAGGUAGUAUGAAUUAUUUUAAUAAUUUGUUUUACUUUGCUUUUACAUAAAGCAUAGGAAAGAAUAUAAUUUCUAAGAUUGAACAACUUUUUCACUUGGUUAUUUUGUGCGCAUCUAUUUUUUUUUUAUUGUUCUCUCUUAAAUGAUUUGCAAUAAGUUAUUAUUAUUCAAUUACUUGUACAAAAAAAAAUAAAUAAAUAAAACGAAACUAUAAAUGAUUUUUCAGAAAUGUAAUUAAAAUUGAAUUUGCGAAAAAUCAAAACAACUUUAUUUAAAAUAGUACACAACUUAUAAA